GACCAACCAAUCACUGUUGAUGAGGGGAGUGGAACCUCAACCCAGCACUUUAUUGUGAUCGAGUCUGCAGAUGCAGAGGCUGCAGGUCCUGGGGUCAAGCUGGAGAGGUUUGAAGGAGUGGAGGACCCACGGCACAACAGAGACAUCCAGUCUGGAGUGCCCCCUGUAGCCACGGAGGACCCCACCACCACCCCAGUGCAGUCCAGGACACGAUGCCUCAUCACGGAGGUCAGUGGAACGCCGAACGCCAUCCUCAAGUCAGAGACAGACACCAAGACUUUAACUGUACACACAGGAGCUGAUCACAGAUCAAACCCGGGGAGACUGGGCUGUCCUCCUGCUCCCGGCUCAGAGUAUUUACCGCUAUUUCACCAGGGGACAGUUAAUUCCUGUGGAGAUGUUGAUGGUGAUGCGUUCGACACUGGCGGUGAUGAUCCAUCUUGUUCUUACACUACAGAGAUGGACCCUGGCAACAUAUCCUUGGGUUUAGAGACACAGACUGAUCUGUCUAGAGGGGACUGGAACCGGUACAGUAGUAGUGUAUACUCUGAAGGGUGCCUAGAUAAGAAAGGGGAGGGUCUGAUUGUAGAUGAAGUGACUGUGAAAGUGGAGGGUGACGUUCCUCCCACAUGGAAUGCAGAUAGUCACCUAGGGGACGGAAACUCACAGGGCAGAGAUUUCUUUGAUUACAGUGGAAGCUUAGAGACAAAUCUAAAUGUUGCCACCCACUCCCUUUUACACACGUUCAAGGAUCGCGACCCAGAGUCCACUUCGAUGGGGCCUUCAGAUUCACACAGCCUCGUCCUUUUCGAUCAGGUAUUGAACUCAAACGACAGGGCUAGAGCCCAGGCUCAGGGAGGGGGAGCCACAUCAGGCAAUAUUAAAGAGAAACGGUUCCUCUGCAUGUUCUGUAACAAAGGCUUCAGCUGCCCCCAGAAGGUGGAGAUCCACCGGAGGGUCCACACAGGGGAGAAACCAUUCAGCUGUCCCCAGUGUCACAUGUGCUUCGCCCAGGCCUGCAGCCUGAAGAGGCACCAGAGGGUCCACACAGGGGAGAAACCCUACAGCUGCCCCCAGUGUGAGAAGAGGUUCUCUCGCCAGCACCAGCUGAAGACGCACCUGAAGGUCCACACGGGAGAAAGGCCGUUUGCCUGUACGCACUGCGGGAAGAGGUUCUCCGAGAGGAGCUACCUCAGGAUACACCAGCAGAAAAAACAUUCCACUCUAUAACAUGGAAAGUAACCGUUCCACUCGAUAGCUUCUGAUGUUUAGAUUAAACCCUGCAUUAAAGACAAAGAUGAAUUUAUUGUUGUCAGCAGAAAAGACCCAGAGAUGCAUUUGGAAUAACGAGAGUUACAGAUUUCAGUGUUGAAUAUUCCUGAGUAGAAUAUUACAUCCAGAAAUGGUGUGAUAUUUAAGGCAUAUACAAUGCCUUUGGAAAGUAUUCAGACCCCUUGACAUUUUCCACAUUUUGUUUCAUUACAGGCUUAUUCUAUAAUGGAUUAAAUAAAUAAAAAAUCAUCAGCAAUCUACACACAAUACCCCAUAAUGCGAAAAACAGGAAUACCUUAUUUACAUAAGUAUUCAGACCCGUUGCUAUGAGAAAUUGAGCUCAGGUGCAUCCUGUUUCAAUUGAUCAUCCUUGAGGAAAGUUCUACAAUUUGAUUGGAGUCCACCUAUGGUAAAGUACAUUUAUUGGACAUGA